AUGCUCGUGCAUCAACCCACGUCGGCAAGACACCAACCAACUCAUAUACCGUCGUCCAACCCUCUUUCUUCCCCUUCCCCUUCCCCUUCCCCACCAAACCCUACAUCUCCAUCCACCGAUAGACCCCUCACGCUCGCCUCCAGCCUCCCCAUGGCCUCCAUCGCCAGCGACAGCUCCCCGCCGUCCCCGGGCGCGCCGGCCUCCGCUUUCCUAGACGACCACGCGCUCUUCCUCGACCAGUCCACCAGCUCCUUCUUCCCCGCGGCCACCACCACGCAAGAGCCCCUGCCGCCUGCCUCGGCCUCGGCCUCAUCGCCAGCGGCGCGCAAGCCGCCGCGGAAGCGCCCACGGGCGUCGCGCCGGCCGCCCACCACCGUGGUCACCACCGACACCUCCAACUUCCGCGCCAUGGUGCAGGAGUUCACCGGCAUCCCCGCGCCGCCGCCGUUCGCGCCCCACCUCGGCCCCGGCGUGCUCUUCGGCGCUCCCCACGACCCCACCGCCGCGGCGGGCACUUCUCGCGCGCCCUUGGAGCUGUUGAUGCGCCCGUCGCCUCUCAAGCUCCCUGCCGCUUCGCACGCCUCGCCUCCCGCCGCUGGUUCAUUCGCGCACUCCCUGUUCGCGAGCAGCAACGCGAAUCCUGCUGGCCCGAGCUCCGAACCGUACGGCGGCUUCGUGCCCACGCUCUCCGGUGCCGUCCCGCGGUACGACGGCGGCGGCGGCGGCGGCGGCUUCGAUGCGGCGGAAGACGAGAGAGUACUGGGACAUGGCCAUGGUCUCUUCUCGUCUUUCUUGUACGCCGGGGAUAGGUAUCACAGCCACUAG